CAUUGACUGCAUUGUUUCAGCACCAGGGAAAGCUAUCCUUCAUGGAGAGCACGCUGUCGUCCACGGGAAGGUUGCUCUGGCUGUGAGUUUGAACUUACGAACAUUCCUUAAACUUCAAGCUACCUCCACUAGCGAGGUCUGCAUCAAUCUACCCAACAUAAACACCUUUCUGUCCUGGGAUGCCAGUGCACUACAACAGUUACUUCAAGACAAAACAACUAACCAUAGGAACUUAAAGGAGCUGGAUUCUGAGCUUGUCGGAAGACUAAGAGAGUUAACAGGAAUAGAGGAAGGAAGCACGGAUGCACGUAACAUGGCUGUCUUCGCCUUUCUCUACAUGUACCUCUCCAUUUUUGCCAAGUCAAAAGCAUUACCCAGCUUGACUGUGACUGUCUGGUCAGAGCUUCCCACUGGAGCUGGUCUGGGGUCCAGCGCGGCCUACUGUGCAUCUGUAGCUGCUGCACUGCUCUCCACACAGGGGGCCCUCUCUUCUCCUCUGGGGCCAGAUGGGGACACGGCCAGCUGGAGUGGCGAGGAGUUGGAGUUGAUCAAUCAGUGGGCUUUUCAGGGGGAGAGGAUCAUCCAUGGGAACCCCUCAGGAGUCGACAACGCAGUGAGCACAUGGGGAGGUAUACUAAGAUACCAAUCUGGGAAGAUUACUCCUUUGCAGAGGGUGCCCACGUUGCGGAUUCUCCUCACCAACACCCGAGUUCCACGGAGCACAAAGACACUUGUUGCUGGUGUGAAGGACAAAAUUAACAAGUUCCCAAGCAUUCUAAACCCAGUGCUGGAGUCAGUA